CGCCACCACAUUAACGCCCAGUAUGAUGACAAUCACGGAUUUUAGGGUCCAGAAGCGUACAGUACAGCGUCUGUCCUGCGCAGUGUGCCGGCGACGGAAGCUGAGAUGUGAUCGCCGCCGUCCGUGUCGACGAUGCAUUGACUCGAAAUGUACUCACCUGUGCAUCUACAGAGAUAGCUCUCCCGAUGGUGGAAAAACCACCGCUCGAGAGGUGGACCCCCCCAGAAAUAGCUCGUCUGCAGGUGUGCGCCAUGUUCCAGCACCUGAUCGACAAAUAGAGCCCACGACGGCUUCCGAGCUCCGGAAAUUGGAUGCUCUGCAGCUCAACCACAGCAUGGAGCAAUCAAAAGACCCUUCCACAAGGUCACAGGUGCCUGGCCGUAUUGAUGGGCUCGGAACUGUGGACGUCUUAGACAAUUAUCCGCACGGGAAGCACGACAAUACCCAUGUGUGGGGGAGGAGCCAUUGGGCCUCUCUCAUUGGCAAGUUCACAGAUGUCAUGCGCGUUGCGUCGGAGAAUCGUGAAAAGGUAAAGUCUUACUAUAAGGCGAGUAAGGCUAAAUGCAGUCCAGAGCCAGACACUUUGGUCCAAAGUAGUGUCCUACGACUGCAAAGGUCCUGGAUACCCCCGCCGCACAUUGCCGAACCAUUGAUAUCACGUUAUCUGGAAACAUUUGGAUACUCGCACCGGGUCUUGCAUGUCCCUAGUUUCCUAGACAGCGUGGACUCGAUCCUAUCUCAGGCCUCCAGCAGUUGCCCGUUCUCGCUAUCCUGUUUUCUGUCUGCUCUCGCUAUUGCCAACUGCUUCUCAAAUGGGGAAGACAAUAUUUAUUCCUCCAUGAUUGACAGAAAGGUAAUUCUAGAGUGGCUCGAAAACAUCCAACUAUGGCUGCAAGCGAGCUGGCCAACGAGGAAGAUCUCCAUACAGGCACUUCAAUCCCGAUAUUUGCUCCUACUUGCUUGUCAAGUGUGCGGACGCGAUCAUGAUCGCAGCUGGCUCUCCUCUGGAAUGCUUAUCCGGGAGGCCAUAGCCUUCGGGCUUCAUCGCGACCCUGCUGCCUUCUACUCUAUGACUGUGUUUCAAAGAGAAAUGAGACGAAGACUUUGGGUCGCUAUCGUGGAAGCUGAGGUGCAAAGUUCACUCAUCUCGGGCUUGCCGCCAUGUAUCUCUCUGGAUAGUUUUGAUGUUCUUCCACCGCCGAAUAUUGACGAUGAAGAUAUCUCAGAGAACAGUACGUCGAACCCUGAGCCGAAAGCACCGAGCACAUUUACCAGGGCUUCCUAUCAGAUCACCCAGUAUCAGAUGCUAGACGUCAGAAUUCAAGCGGCGACAAUCCUCAAUCGCAUUAAACCCUUGUCCUACGAGGAAGUAAUGCGUCUUAGUGCACGCGUGAUUGGGUCUACAGAUGCUAUGUCCCGACUAUUGAUCAGUGAUAAUGGCGCCUCUGUUGUCAACCACUCAACUAGAUCAUUUCUUGUAUCUCACUUUAACGUUAUCACUCAUCGGCUGCUCCUCGCCCUUCAUCGCCCAUUUGCCAUGAAGGGUGCUCAUGAUUCAGGUUUCCACUACUCGCGCAUCAGAUGCUUGUCUUCUUCCCUGACAUUGCUGGAUUUUCUUGGGGUAUGCGUGUCCCGAGAGUCUAACGCCCGUCACGAUCGCCCCUUGGCUGCUCUAUCUGGGGGCUAUCUUAUUGACGACCUGUUUAAUUCGACUCUUAGUUUGUGCCUCGAGCUGAUGCUUGAACGAGUCGAUGAAUCCUUGCUAGGCCACCCGUUGCCGGCAACGUUCCCGCUCGACCUCUCUGGGAGAGGCUGUGAUAAUUAUCAUUCUGAGCAUCUUAUCAGGGUUGUUGGGGACUGUAUUGCUGUUCUAGAGCUAUGGACCUCACAUGAGAAGAAGGACUUCAAGAAAUACAUGUUUUUGGUUAUGGCUAUUGCUUCUGUCAAAUCACGCAUGGCCGGUUGUGAAUCACUUGAUGGGGUAUCCCAGGCGCUCUGGCAGAGUCUGGGAAGAUAUAAUAAGACGGUUGAAAGGAUAAGCAGCGCUGCGUCAGGGAAUAAGGAGAGCGAAAUUUCCGAACCCAGCCCGCUUCCUCCGAAUCGCCUGCCUUCAUCUUCGGUGGUUGGUCAUGGCGACCUCCAACCUCCUACGCCUGAUUUCUUCCUUGAUAUUGGGGGAAUUGACUGGGAUAGUGACUCGUGGGAUUUCCUCACUGCAUUCACGUCCGCCGAAGUAUACGACGAUGCUGCUAUAUAGAACUCCAGCAAUAUAUAUGCUAGAACAAAGCUACCGUUACCAUGCCGAUCUCCCAUUUGAUGAGCGC